AAUAGUCAACCUGAUUAAAAUGAGGUGAGACAUUUCUGGGAGGAUGAAACAAGAAAAACCCAGGGAAACCAUAAGGGAGAGUCUGGACCCAGAUCAGGGAGGGGAAGUGAGACAGAGGGCAAGAGUAGGAGUCAAGUCGUAGAGGAGGAGGGAGGCUGAAGGAGAAACAGAGGGGAACACUGAGGCUGCCUUUGCCUUUUCUGGUAGUUAAAGUGGCUGAAAGAACAAGCAGGAAUUCUUGGUGCUGUGGAGACGCUGAGAUAUAAACCAGACUGUAGAAGCUGAUGUAUGAAGAGAGGGGAGACGCUGCUGUUCAUGGACUAAACUUCAGCUGCUGUUACGCAAAAGUAAGGAGAAUCUUUUGGCAUCAUGGACGAUGACUUCGACCGCCGUAUGGAGCAGAGGAGGCAGAGGAGGGAGCAGAUGCGCCUUGAAACAGACAGUGCGGGUUUGGCCAAUGAUGAUGAUGAAGAGGAAGCUCGAGAGAAAAGGCGCCGUGCAAGGGAGGAGAGGAAAAAGAUGAGAGAGAUGGAGGAGUCCGGAGCUUCUGAUGUAAUCGACACCAACAGUGUGACGGAGUCCUCCAUCACAACUAGCACUGGAGGAGCAGACGAUGACCAGGCUCUCCUGGAUCGGCUAGCCAAGAGGGAGGAGCGCCGGCAGAGGAGAAUGAAGGAGGCUAUGGAGAGGCAGAAGGAGCUCGACCCCAUCAUCUGCACCACUAACGGUACGGACAGCACGCAGGGAGAGGAGUGUUCUGACAACAACAGGAGCAGACAGGACCAUACAGAGGAAGAGGAGAAGAAGAAGGAUGAGGAACCAGUCCAAGAGGAGGUGGCAGAAACACAGACAAACUCCUGGAAGAAUGAAGACGAGGACAAAAGAGAUGAGAAGGAAUCUGUUGAUGAAUCAAGAACAACAAGCACAAGAGAUGAGGAGGAGACAGAGGAAAAGACUGUCACUGUGGAAGGAGAGGUUGAGCAGAAUGUUGACCAGGAGGAAGAAGAAAGAAAAAGGACAGAAGAAGAGGAAAGGCAGCAAAAAGAGAUGGCAGAAAAGCUAAGGAUAGAAGAAGAGGAAAAGCAGAAGAAAGAAAUGGAAGAAAAGCUCAAGCAAGAGGAGGAGAAGAAGAAGAAGGAAGAGGAAGAGAAUCGACGGAAAGAAAUGGAAGAGAAGAAGAGAAAGGAGGGGGAAGAAAGGCAGAGGAAGAAAGAUCUGGAGGAGAAGAAGAAAAAAGAGGACGAGGAGAGGCGGAAGAAGGAGCUUGAGGCCAAGAAGAAAGAAGAGGAGGAAAAGCAGAAGAAGGAGGCUGAGGAGAAGAAGAAAAAAGAAGAGGAGAAACGCAAAAAAAGAGAGAUAGAGGAGAAGAAGAAGAAAGAAGAGGAGGAGAAAUCAAAGAAAUUUGGUUUUAAGGAAAAGAAUGAACCCACCAAGCUGAACGGAUCUCCAUUUGAGAAUAAACUGAAGAAAACAGAGAAGACAUCAAGGGACAACGUCACCUCCAAGGCGGAUGACAAAGAGCGACAGGAGGCCGAACGUAAGCUGCAGGAGCUGAAACGCAGGCGAAAUGAUGCAGAGAGCGAGGAGAUCGAGAAGAUGAAGCAAAAGCAGCAGGAUGCAGAGGCCGAGCUGGAGGGGCUGAAGAAGAAGAGGGAAGAGAGGAGGAAGAUCAUGGAGGAGGAAGAAAGACAGAAGAAACAGGAGCUAGAAGAGAAGAAAGCCAAAGAACAGGAGGAGAGGAAGAGGAUGAAGGAGGAGAUUGAGAAAAGGAGGGCAGAGGCUGCAGAGAAGAAGAAGCAGAUGGAAGAGGAAGUUUCCACUAAACCCUCCUUUGCUAUCAGUCCCAAAGGAUCCUCAAAGAUCGGGGAAAAGGCAGAAUUUUUGAACAAGUCAGCCAACAAGAGCAGCACACCCAGAGCGUCUCACACUCCAAUAGUGUCCAAGAUAGGAAACAGACUGGACCAGUACACUUCUGCCAUCCAGGGAAACAAAGAAGCCAAAUCCCCAAAGUGUCCGAUGGCAGAUAUUCCCACAGGAGGAGCGCGGAGUAUCAAGAACAUGUGGGAGAAAGGAAACGUCAGCAGUUCCUCUGAAAGUCCAGCCCCUGCCAACAAGGACUUGGCUGGUUUAAAAGGAGGCGUGACUGGACGUGUCAACAGUUGGAUGGCAAAGCCUGCAGAUCCAGAGAAAACAGCGACACCUUCACCUACACCUGCAGCGGCACCGGCACCAGCAGCAGCAUCACCAGCAAAGCCAGCAGAUAAACCAGGUGACAUCGGUAACAAGCGUGGCAUGUGGGAAACUAAGAAAGGCUCUACACCUGGCAAGCUGGUAGCUGGUCUCAAGAGCAAGUUUACCACAAAUGAAAUAGACGGCAGAGGAAUGAAGUAAAGGGCAUAUGACAAAGUAACAGCUUUCAAUCAUACAGACGAGCGUCCUGGAUAUGACUGAUGGAUAUGCUGUAUGCUAGCAACAGUCGAACAUUCCUCGCUGGCAUGAGACCCUAGCUACUGACAUCGCCUUUAAAAUGAAGCCUUACCUGACCAAACACAAAGUUCUGCUACUGUGUGCAUCAACUCUUCCUCAACCUUUGCACCUCUAUAUCUGAUGAUGUCCAUACCAGAGGGAAGAAAAGAUAUGGGACCAGGAUCAGCAACACCAAAGAAUGCCUGCAUCAGAUGUUUUUACUUCAACAGUGAUGCAAAUUCCUUUUAUACCCUGUAAUGAUCUUCAGGACAGAGUGUCAAAUGUUAAAUGAUUUAAACAAAAAAUGAUUUUGUAGUAAAUAUCUUUUUCAACAAGGUUA